AUGGACCGCCCGCCUGAAGAAGACGAGCUCUUCGACCCGCUCUUCGUCUGGAUCAGAGCCAGCCACCGGGGCCCGCCAGCAACUGCCAACGCUACCACGGCGGCCCCUUCGACAGCACUAUUGCCGAGUCGAGAGGAAUUCCUCGCCACCAGCUUGUCUCCGUGCUCCUUUCUCGCCGACCCGUCGUCUCCCUUAUGGGUUGCGCCGGACGAAGAGUGCGCCAUCUGCUACGGACCCCUCCAGCAUGCCGUCAAGCUUCCAUGUAACCAUGUCUAUUGCAAGGAAUGCAUCUUGACGUGGCUCGCAAACAACAACACCUGCCCCAUGGACCGCAGCGUGCUGUUCCGCGUCCCGCCUGCCCCCAUGAGUCUCGCCGAGGAGACGGAUGCCAUGCUUGCUGCAGUAGGGACGCGAUUUACAUCUCGUCUCUGGGAAAUUCAAGACGAAUAUAGCCGUAAGCUCGGACAGCUGAAGCAGCCGAUCCUGGAGGAAAUGGAUAACGAGACCCGCACGCUGAACCAACUCACUCCCCAGCUUUAUUCCCUCCGAGCGAGCCAGAUGGCGGCAAUACCCGCCAUGCUAAUCUGGGACUGGCAACGCUUGGUGCUCGAGAAUGAAGUGGCUGAUUCGAGGCGGCGCUUGCGUGGCCACUUGCACGCGCUCGCACGUGUGUCGAGUCCCCAAACCCAUAUCUGGAGGGAGGCGUCAGAAGCGGUGCUUGCAGCAAGGGAUCAUUACGUCCGAUCUUGCCAUAUCGUGGUGCAACGCAUGGGUGUUUAG